AUGGCUCAAUCUGAGAAGUUGAAUGAAUUCACAUUAUCUUGUAACAAAAUGUUUUGGGUCCUAUUUACUCAUGGAAAUAUGCUUGAGAACCAAAUUAAUAAACUAGCCAUCCCUUUGAGAGAUUGUGCUAGUCCUGUUUCUUUAUCCUCACAAGAAGUUGACUCUAGCGAACCGAUGUGUGCUAUGACCACUAGGAGUGGUAAGGUCCUUAAAGAGAGUGUUCCUAGGAAGAGUAAGGAGAGUGAAAAGGAGAGUAAUUCAAGUGAAGGGAAUAAGCAUGAAGAGCCUAGCAAGAUGAGUGAGGAUUACAAUGAUAAGCCUAAGGAGAAAGAGCGGAAGCAAGAUGAGGUUUACAAACCUAGACAUCCUUACCCCCAAAAGCACAAUAGGUAUAAAUUGGAUGAGCAAUUUGGGAAAUUCAUCGAGAUGCUUAAGCAACUUCAUCUUACUCUUCCUUUCACCAAUGUGGUAAAAGAAAUGCCAAACUAUGCUAAGUUUCUUAAGGAAAUUUUGAGCGGUAAGAGAGAUUGCAAUAUGGUGGAACUGGUGAAUUUGGGGAAGUGUUUUAGUGCCAUUAUUCAUAAUGACUUACCCUUAAAGUUGAAAGAUCCCGGAAACUUCUCUGUACCUUGCAAAAUCAAAGGAAAAUUGUUCCACAAUGCUCUUUGUGAUCUUGGUGCUAGUGUUAGCAUUAUGCCUUAUUCCGUUUACAAGAAAUUUAAGCUAGGUGAGCUCCUUCCAUCCAACAUAACCCUUCAAUUGGCCGAUCGGUCUAUUAAGUUUCCAAAGGGGAGAGUUGAGGAUGUUCCUCUAAAAACAGGAGAGUUCACCAUUCCCGUUGAUUUCAUUGUGCUUGAGAUUGCGGAAGAUGACCAUAUUCCUAUCAUCUUAGGAAGACCUUUCUUAGCCACCUCGGGAGCCUUAACAGAUGUUAAGGGAGGUCGUAUUACCUUGAAAGUUGGUUAG